CCACCAACGACAUCUAAACCCAGAUCAUCACCCCUACAAGUCACCACAACAAUCUACCUAAUAUCAAAACAAUUCCAACCCUAAACCAAACCACAUGACCCCCAAAUAAUCCCCCUAAAAAAAGGACACAAUGACAACCCUAGCCCAAAUCCACCAGACCACCCUCUCCCUCCCCCCGGAAACCUACAUCUACAAAAUCAUCUCCACCAGCCCUCGCGAAUACCCGCACAACUACACCAAGACCGCCAACCUCGCCGUCAUCGCGUCCGACGACUCCCUCCGGAUCUUCGACCCCAUCUCCCUGAACCUCGUCGCGGACGGCGUCAUCAAGAACGCGAAUGCGAGCGUCACGUGCCUGGAGCGAGUCGAGGGCUCCGAGGGGAAUCUGCUGGCGACGGCGGGGAGGGAUGGGUUUGUUAGGUUUUGGGAUGCAAGGAGUAGGGGGAAGGUGUCGGAGAUUCAGAGUCCACACAAAUUGAUAUCCUCACUCGUCUGCGACGCCUCGAGGAACUUCAUCGCCGCGGGAAUCGAAAACCCAAAUGACGGUCCUGCCGAGUCCCCCGUUCUCAUCUGGGACAACCGCAACCCGACCUCCCCCCUCCAAUCCUACACCGAAUCCCACACCGACACCAUCACCUCGCUCCACCUGCACCCCUCGCACCCAACCCUCCUCCUCACCUCCUCAACCGACGGCCUCAUCUCCAUCUUCGACACCUCGGUGCCGGACGAGGACGACGCGCUGUUCCAAGUCGCGAACCACGGGUCCGCCGUCGCGCACGCAGGCUUCGUCUCCACGUCGCCGAAAUCGACGACUAUGUUCGCGAUCGGCACAGACGAGACGGUGAGUUUCCACGCGCUGCAGAGCGCAGACGAGGACGUGAAGGAGCCGAAGCCCGUGGCGUGGGGGGAUGUGAGGGAGGGGCUUGGGUGCGAGUAUUUGGUUGGGAUGCAUUGGGUGGGCGGGGAGGCGUAUGUGGUGGCUGGGGAGCAUAGCACAUCGACACUAUCACUCAUCCCCCUCCAACCGCCCUCGUCGGCCGAUCAGCCCCUGAACUACACGUACGACGUGGCGCGCAAGAUCGUGCUUCCGGACGCGCAUGGCGGGGAGGUGGUGCGGGAUUUGUUUACAGAUACUCAUUCACAGACGACGUACACAGUUGGCGAGGACGGCUGUGUGCGCGCGUGGAAGGGCGAUUGGUCGUCUGCGGGAGACGGCGACGAGGCGAUGCAGGUUGAUGACGAGGGGGAUGAUGGGGGAAAGAGGAAGAAAGAUAGGAAGGAGAGGAGGAGGGAGAAGAAGGAGAGGAAGGGGGAUGCUGGAGGGGAGAAGGGGAGGUAUAAGCCUUAUUAGAGUAGAGUUCAAGUGUUGCGUGGCUAGGGGGUAGAGUGUAUGGCACAGCACAUGCAUCAAUCAUGAUAUAGUGGCUUGGUG